UCUCAAAGAAAAAACCCGUACCCUGGAGGAGUCCGGAUUUUGGAUGAGGCGCGCAGCGUGCGGUGGCCGACGGCGAGACGGCGCAAGCAGCGACACGCCCUCCUGACGGUGGCCUCGCGGCGGCGGAUUCGUCGACAGCAUAGCGGGACAGGAGCUCGCGGCGAGGCGGCGACUUCGGACCUCGCGGCGGCCGGCAGGCUGCGGCAUCCGCCACCCGGCGCUGCAGCAGGACGGGAGCUCUGACGCAGCGACCAACAUAAGGAAAAUUCACAGGGUGCCGGUGCCACCACUAGGUGUUUUGCACUGAAUUGUUCUUCUACUCUGAAAAUCCACAGGGUGUGAAUCCUGUGGCCACCGGCUAGCGGGACUGGGCCGUGGCACCUCGCGCGCGACCUGUUCGACAAAUUGCCGUGGCCGAGCUGGUCUCCUCCUGCUAUGGCGAUGGCAUUGCUAGGCGCCACCCUCUGCCGGCCACUAUUGCCGUGUCCCUCCACCUCCGGCUCCCUGGUGUUCAGGCCUAAUUGCUUUGAGUUCCCUCGUCCGUGCCACACAGGCGUGGUGGCACACCGGCGCGGAGCGUACCUGAGGAUGGAGGCUACGGCGAGGCACGGCGCACGGAAGGAGAACGCCAAGGUCAGGAACCGCCGGCUGCAGAAAAAGUACAAUGGCACGGCGGCCAAGCCCAGGCUGUCGGUCUUCUGCUCCAACAGGCAGCUCUAUGCCAUGCUCGUCGACGACCAUGGCAAGAAGAUCCUUUUCUAUGCCAGCACCCUGCAGGAGGAAAUCUGUGGCGAUCCGCGAUGCAGCACCGUGGAGGCCGCUCGGAGGGUCGGGGAAGAGCUGGUGAAGGCGUGCAUGGAGCUGGACAUCUCCGAGGUCUCGUGCUACGACCGCAACGGGUUCGCUCGAGGGGAGAAGAUGAUGGCGUUCGAGGACCCGGUCGCGCAGCACGGGUUCCUGCCCAGAUAGCUAACUUAUGAGAUCCUUGGGAGGCUUGCACCAGCUGCUCAACGUAGCAGACUAUUUGGUGAAGAGCAGGAGUGUAGCCUGUAGGAAGUUGUUUACUCUGUGAAUUGCUUCACGUAUGAUUCACAUAGCUCAUAGUACUUGAUAUUUCACAUCAUAUGUUAUUAUGGCAGAAAUCACUGGCAACGA